CUAUUAAUAAACCUAACCUGUGUGCACGUUGAAUUUUAUUUGUUAACUGUAAAAUUUGUGAUUUUUGUGAAGUCUUUCUGCCAAAUAUGAAUACCACCGCAUAUAGAGUUACCAAAAGCUUCUCAACAUUGGAAGUAAUUAGUUUGUUGGAUAUGGUAUUGAAAAAUAUAAAAACCAUCGAGAAUAAGUCAAACGAUCCAACCGUAUUAAAAGAGAAGGAAAAAGCGUGGAAAAAGAUAACAGAAGUGUAUAAUUCAUUAAUUUCCUUUAAGAGGGAAACGAAAGAGUUGAAAUUAAAGUACAAUAAAAUCAGAUAUCGAUUAAAAAAGAAGCUGCUAAACAGGACGGACCCCACGACAAUAAUGGUAACUGAGCAUGAACAAAGAUUACUGCAGGGUUUGCUAAGAUUGGGACAAUUGGGGUUGAUAACUGGGACGUCAUAUUCAAACCAACCGGGGGACAUCAAGAGGAAGAGGAGCCAAUCAACUUCAGAAGAACCAGCAAGCAAAAUCAAGGAUGGGGUACAAAAUGAUGGAGAAGGGAGUGAUGAACACAUGGAGACACAUUUAGAACCGUCAAACGAUGGUACCAGAGGUGAACCCAUUGAGUCAAACGAAACUAGACAAUCGACACCAGAUAAUGAUGAUAUAUUUGUUGAUUCCGAUUCCUCUUAUGAAGACUCAUCAGAUGGCUCAUUUUGUGAUUUGGUCGAGUUCCAUUUCCGAUUGCCAAUAGAAAUUCAAGAAGGGGCGACACAAAAUUGUGAAGGUAACGAUAGAAGUCCAGAUGCCAUUCCUGGUACUUCUAGAGAUGUACAUUUUGAUUCACGUUUUGACAUGCCUGGUAGUUCUAGAGAUGUACAAUUUGAUUCACACUUCGCCCUGCCUGUUAUUUCUAGAGAUGAACCAUUUGAUCCACGUUUUAGCAGGCCUGGUACUUCUAGAGAUGGAGAAUUUGAUCCACGUUUUGGCAGGCCUGGUACUUCUAGAGAUGUACAAUUUGAUUCACGUUUUGCCAUGCCUGGUACUUCUAGAGAUGUACAAUUUGAUUCACAUUUAGCAAUAGCUGGUACUUCUAGAGAUUCACACUUAGCCAUUCCUGGUACUUCCAGAGAUGUACAAUUUCAUUCAUGUUUAUCCGUUCCGGGUACUUCUAGAGAUGUACAAUUUGAUUCACAUUUAGCCAUUCCUGGUACUUCUAAAGACGAUUCAUACUUAGCCAUUCCUGGUACUUCUAGAGAUGUACAAUUUCAUUCACGUCUAUCCGUUCCUGGUACUUCUAGAGAUGGACAUUUUGAUUCACGUUUAGCCGUUCCUGGUACUUCUAGAGAUGCACAAUUUGAGGAUAGAGAUGAAGGUUGGCAAACUAUUGUAGAUCCCACCAAAAGAAGGUUGAAUCCACUGCCAUAUUGUUCUAGAGUGGUGCCACGUACACAAACAGUUAUAAUAGAGUCGAUACGAACCAUAGAAGAGUCUGAAGAACCUAAACAUGCUGUUCAUUCUAAUGUUGAUAAUAUUGCCUCACGUUUAAGGGCGGCCAGGUUGGAAAAUGAAAUGAGAAGAGGAAUGAGGAACUAAUUGGGAAGAAAGUAGACCUCCAAAGGACGAUGAAAGAGUUGUUUUUAAAUUAUAAAAUGACAAUUACUUAAUUAAGUAAUAUAACAUUAUAUUCUGUAAUUAAAAACAAUAAAUUUUUUAAAAAAA